AUGGUAGGACGAAAUUCAAUUAAAAUUCGGCUUCUAACUACGGAAGAACCAUAUGUCAAUCUUCCUUCAAGCAAGAAGGGCAGCGGGAACGGAAGUGCAGUGCAAUUCGCACCUACUGACGACAGGGUGAAUUUUCCAUCUUCAAAAAAGGGGGACAGUACGAACGGAAACAUUGUGCUCUUUCCAGCUCCUAAAAAGAAUAAGGGCAGUGGCUCUGGAUCUGUGCCGUUUAUGCAAAAGAACCCAGGUCGUAUGUCAGCGGUACCCGCACUGAUGGCCGAUGAUGGGCUAACUUCAGUCGUGUGA